AUGCAGCUCCCUGCACUGCCCGCGCCCCUCGCCUGGGGCCUUGCUGCGUCCGCAGCGCUGUGCGCAGCGGCCCUGGCGGUACUUGCAUGCCUCUGCGCAUGGUCCGCGAUCGAUCGCGUGGCCAACCGCGCCGGGGGCGGCCCCGUCAUGGUCGUGCUGGGGUCCGGCGGGCACUCUGCGGAGAUGACGGCGCUGUUGCGGGCAGUGCUCGUCCCAUCCGGCCGAGAAGACGACGACCUCGACACUGAGGAGGCCAGGGCUUGGUUCCGGGAAUCGCAGAGGCUGUACGUGAUCGCGGAAACUGACACAGGGAGCGCUACCAAAGCCAAGGCGCUCGAGGCGGACGUGCGGAAACAGGCGGUCGCGCGAGGGGCAGGGAAGAGUGGGCGCGCGGGAGGGUUCGAGAUACUGCGCAUACCGCGGAGCCGGGAGGUACACCAGUCGUACGUCAGCUCCGUCGCGACCACGCUCCGCUCGACUCUCCACGCGCUGCACCUCGUGUUGCGCCACCGGCCGGCAGCUGUGGUGGCCAACGGGCCGGGGACCUGCCUCCCCGUCUGCCUGUGCGCAGCGGCGCUCAGCUGGCUCCGUGUCCAGCCCUGCAAAGUCAUAUUCUUCGAGAGCAUCUGCCGCGUGUCGACCCUCUCGCUCACCGCGAAGAUCGUGCGGCUGCUGCGGGCCGCCGAUCCGCUGCUCGUCCAGUGGGAGGAGGCUGCUCAACUGCACCCCGGCUGCGUCUUUCGCGGACGCGUGUACUAG